AUGAUUGCCAUAGGUGGAUCAAUUGGUACUGGUCUCUUUGUUGGUUCAGGUUCUGCACUUGCGUCUGGAGGUCCUGCUGCACUUAUUCUUGAUUUUGGCAUAAUCGGUAUCAUGCUUUUCAACGUUUGUAUGGCACUUGGAGAGCUAGCUGUGACUUUUCCUGUCUCUGGCUCAUUCGCCAUAUAUAGUUCUCGUUUUCUCGAUCCUGCUUGGGGAUUUGCUAUGGGUUGGAAUUAUGCUUUGAACUGGCUGGUUGUUAUGCCACUUGAAAUAACAGCCGCUGGACUUGUGAUAAACUAUUGGACAACGUCGAUUAAUGUUGGCGUAUGGAUCACAAUUUUUCUUGUCGCGCUUUUUAUUAUCAACCUCUUUGGUGUUCGAGGCUACGGCGAAGUCGAAUUCUAUAUGUCUAUCAUUAAAGUGAUUGCUGUUCUCGGUUUUAUCGUUCUUGGCAUUGUCCUAGCAGCGGGAGGUGGCCCAAAUCAUCAGUAUUUAGGCGGCAAAUAUUGGCAUAAUCCUGGUCCUUUUGCCAACGGAUUCAAAGGAGUAUGUACUGUCUUUGUCACUGCUGCUUUUGCUUUUUCGGGCACGGAACUGGUUGGAUUAGCAGCAGCCGAAGCAGCAAAUCCUCGAACGACCAUUCCUCGAGCAACAAAGCAAGUAUUUUGGAGAAUAACGAUUUUCUAUAUUGUGUCGUUGACACUUAUUGGUUGUUUGGUGCCUUAUACAUCUCCACGACUUCUCAAUGGAUUAUCAAGCUAUGAUGCAUCUGCAUCACCUUUCGUAAUUGCUAUUGAAGAUGCAGGCAUCAAAGUGUUACCUUCUAUAUUUAAUGCCGUUAUUCUUUGUGCUGUGCUCUCAGUGGGUAAUUCUUCUGUCUAUGGAGCAUCACGAACUCUAUGUGCACUUGCUGAAUGUGGUCAAGCUCCGAAGAUAUUCGCUUAUGUCGAUCGUAAAGGUCGCCCACUCUUUGCCAUUGCUCUAUCGAUGCUCCUAGGACUUAUCGCUUACAUCAACUGUGCAAAAGUUGGCCCUGCGGCAAUGAGUUUUGAUGAAUUGUGUUUUUAUUAA